UAGUAAUGGACGCAAAAAUCAAGGUUGAAAACCCAGUAGUAGAGAUGGAUGGAGACGAAAUGACUAGAGUAAUUUAAAUAUAUAUGAAAGGUUAUUUGGGCUUGGAUUAAAGAAUAUCUCAUUACUCCCUUUUUGGAUAUUCCAAUCAAAUAUUACGAUUUGGGAAUGGAGAAUAGAGACAAGACUGAUGACAAGGUUACUAUUGAAUGCGCAAAGGCAAUUCAAGAGUGCAAAGUAGGCAUCAAAUGCGCUACAAUGUAUGAAUUUAAUAUUAAUUCUCUAAGUACUCCAGACGAGGCAAGAGUGAAGGAAUUCAACCUCAAGUAUAUGUGGAAGUCUCCAAAUGGUACUAUUAGAAACAUCCUUAAUGGAACAGUGUUUAGAGAACCUAUUUUGAUUAAGAAUAUUCCUAGACUUGUCCCAGGAUGGACAAAGCCAAUAGUUAUUGGUCGUCAUGCAUUUGGUGACUAAUAUAAGGCUACAGAUCUCCGUUUCCAAAAGGAAGGAAAGUUUGAAGUGUUAUUCACACCAAAAGAUGGAAGUGAACCUUAAAGAGUUGAAGUGUUCGAUUUCUAAGGCACAGGAGGCGUUGCUAUGGCCAUGUACAAUACAGAUGAAUCAAUAACAGCAUUUGCUCAUGCUUGUUUCUAACAUGCAAUUGAACUAGGAUAUCCCCUUUAUUUAUCAACCAAGAAUACUAUUCUUAAAGUUUAUGAUGGAAGAUUCAAAGACAUCUUCUAAAAUUUAUAUGAUACUAAGUAUAAGGCUGAUUUUGAUGCUAAGAAGAUUUGGUAUGAACACAGAUUGAUUGAUGAUAUGGUUGCAUAUAUGAUCAAGAGUGAAGGUGGAUUUGUUUGGGCUUGCAAGAAUUACGAUGGAGAUGUUCAAUCUGAUACAUUGGCAUAAGGUUUUGGAUCUCUUGGUUUGAUGACAAGUGUAUUAGUUAGUCCAGAUGGAUGUGUUGAGGCUGAAGCUGCACAUGGAACUGUUACAAGACAUUACAGAUUACAUUAAUAAGGCAAAGAAACUUCAACUAAUUCUAUUGCCAGUAUCUAUGCUUGGACAAGAGGAUUAUUACAUAGAGCCAAAUUAGAUAACAAUAAAGAAUUAGAAAGAUUUUGCAAUACUCUUGAAGCAAGUAUAAUUGAAGCCGUCGAAAAAGGAUUCAUGACUAAGGAUUUGGCCAUUUGUGUCCAUAAUACAUUGAAGUAUAUCAAUAGAUCUAUUUUUUAGUGUCCCAAGAGAUUAAUAUUUGAAUACUUUAGAAUUCAUCCAGAAAGUAGCAGAAGUAUUAAAAGCAAAUUUAGCAAAAUGAGUUAUCAUAAUGAUAUUAAAUUAUCAGUUGCAACACAGGUU